AUGGCUUAUUUCAGUGUUUUGAGUGAAAUGGCGUUCGUAGUGGUGCUAGCAAUGGUGAGCACAGUGUUAGCAGGGCGUACCUUAUUUCUCGGUCGGGAACCACCACGUACGCUGCAAAUGAUCGGUUCCGCAAAUCCGCGGAUGCUGCACAAGAUCAGUACGGAUCUGCAGCCCGACACCUCCAAAGUGGUGCACAUUCAGGCGCCGUACUACAUCGAACGGCCGAAACCGCGCACCAAGAAGUUCCAGCCCUGGAUUCCGCGCGGCCAACGGUUCGUGUCCUCGUCGGGGGUCGGAUCGCUGCAGCAGCAUCUUUCCGCCGGUCCGGUUUCGUUCGGUACACCUUUCCCAGCGCGGGAAGCCCCCUUCCAAGCGAAACCCAUCCUGCCGAACGAGUUUCUCGCCAAUCCGGGACCGUACGACACGCCGUUCGUGCCGGUAAUGAAACCAAGCCCCGUGAACCCGCUUCACGUCGAACAUCCCGCCCCGGAGAUUAUGUUCGAACCGAUCAGUAUUCUCCCACUGGAAACACCCUCUUUCGCGACGAUACGCAACCACGUGAACUAUCUGAAGCAGAAGCAGAAUGCAUUCUUUGAAGGGCAGGGCCGCGAGUUCGGUUUGGGUGGUGCCACGGUGCCGGAUGAGCUGGAGUACUUCAGCGAACAUGACAAACGGAUUGGCGAAGGUGCUAUACACAACGGUGAUUCCGAUCGUACGGGUGGUGAACGGAACACACUUUCCGAGCAUGAUUUUGGACAGAACGAUCGCAAGUAUGAUCGACGUGGUAAGGCGAUGGCAUCGGCGAAGGGAGAGGAUCAUGAGGAAGAGGACGAACAGUCUGAAGAGGACGAUUUCUAUGACUCGGAGGGGAAACAGUAUCAGGAUGAUGAUUUCGAAGAUUCACGUGAUGAGACGGACCGAGCGGCUGCAUUCGAACCGAAGAAGGUGUACACGCAGGUUAGACAUCGCGACAUAGUACGACACGAGCCACGAUCAGGACGUGAGGAGAAUGUGGAAGAGAAUGAGGAUGAAGAGGACGAGGAAGAGAGUGAAGAUCAUGAUCAAGAUGGAAAAGGAAAUGGCAAAGAAAAAUCACACAACCAAGAGGAUGACGACGAAGAAGACGAUGAGGAUGCGGAAGGUGAUCACCAAGAGCGCCACCACCGGCGACUCCCGAUACGUGAGCGUGUUAACCUGGAGCGUAAGAACAUCGUCUACACGGAGAAAGGACGCCAAGCGCACAACUUUGAUCAUGGUUCGGAAGAAUCGUUCGGCGAAUUCGAACAGAAGGAGGAACCGAAAUCGAAGCGUCGGAACAGAAUAAAACGAUCGGCUGAGGACAUGCCAGAACCAGCCAUUUCCAAUAGGACGCUUUCCGAUCAGAUUGUGGACGUGCUAGCAAUGGUGAUCUUGGGCAACGAAACUCUACCCCUCCCGGAAGCGUUAACCGAUCCACGUGAACUGCAUGGUGAAGAACUGAUCAAGUUCCUAGACGAAGCGAUCCAAAACACCACACAGUACCUACCCGAAGGACGGCUGAAGGAACGCGAAGUUAUAAGCAUCGUGUCCCCACCGAGCAAUGUGGUGAAGUUCCCAUACUACAACCGUCCGGCGAGUGAUAUCGACGUUGAUUCAGCGUUACGAUACGCGGAAAAUCUGACGAGCUUCAGCACUGGACUGUACGAUGCCAAAACGGCGGAUGGUGUGGAGUGUAACGAGGUGGACGUUGAGCUGGAGGAUGAACCGGAACCCAUCCCGGAAGAUACGUCCGGCGAAGGUUUCAAACCGAUUCGACGGCUCAAGGGUUUGGGCGAUAAGAUAGAUUGCUUGAAGCGAAAACACUUCGGCAGCGAACCGCUCGAUAAUCCACUGUUUCGGGAAGAGUUUGUUGGGGUAGUGCCGCGGAAGAUGUACGUUGGUAAGGGCACAACGCCGGCCGUCCCUGCGCAACAGAGCCAGCAGCCACAGCCCAAUCCAGCUGUGGCGGUUUACAACGACGUAAUACGCCACAUCAAGAAGCAUCUCGCUAGUCAGCAACGUCGCAAAAAUUCCAAAGCGGACACGGAGCAAGACACGGUGAUGAUCGCGGUACCGCGCAUACUGCGCUUAGAUCACGAAGAUCCCGAACUGACCGGAACGCAUCUGAAGCGUGAGGCCCGCUUAGCGUUCCCGCAGGCGAACCCACUGCCCGUUUCCAACCACAUCAGUGUGCCGAUCUUCGACAUCAGUAAGUUCGUGCCAAGGUUUAUGAUGCGCCCGAAUAAGGAUCUCUUUGCGGAGCAGGACCUGCCCGUGACGACGGUGAGGACACCGCGGGUAAGCAGCCCCAAGGUGCGUCUGCAGACGUUGGUUAGAACGGCGGAACAGCUGGCAGAAGGUGCGGUCGCCGUUGAGGAAGGCGUGGAGCAGAUACUGACCACGGAGCGAAACCCGGUGCGGGACGAUAUAGCGGAUGCGUUCGAUGAUGUACUAGCCAAACCGAAUCAACUGCCCGCACCGUUGCAACCCAUAAAACAGUACAGCGUCGUUGAGAAGGACACCAAGGACAGUGGACCCGAGGCGACAUUCAACAAGUCGGGACCGCCGUACGCGGCACUUGCACUAGAACCACCGGUGGCGCAAAGUAUUCUAAAGCAGCGUAUUGCCCCGCUGGAGCGUAAUCAUCUCGAUCUGGCAAAGGCGAAACGAUUUCCAACGAAGAAGAUACCGCGAAAGACUAGAAGACCCUCAGUCACACGAAAGAAGGUGCUCGUGUUCUAUCACUGA